CUUUGAAUGAUUAUUGAUUAACUCUGCUCAUUGUUGCUGUGGUCGUUGUUUGUUCUUUUUAAUUUUUGUUCAGAAAACCAGUUUGAAUGAUUAUUGAUUAUCAUUGCCGCCUCUGUGCUCGUUCUUCAUUUCUUUUGUUUAGAAACCACUUUGAAUGAUUAUUGAUUAAUUCUGCUCAUUGUUGCUGUGCUCGUUCUUAUCUACUCACUGCUAGUGCUCGUUGUUUUUUUAAUUUUUUGCUCAGAAACCAUUUUGAAUGAUUAUUGAUUAGCUCUGCUCACUGCUGCUGUGUUCAUCCUUCUCUGGUCACUGCUAGUACUCUGUGUUCUUAACUACUGUGCUUUUUGUGCUGUGCUGUUGGAAAAACUUGUUAAAAUUAUGUUGUGAUGUGCUUUUUUUGUGCUGUGUUGUGUCUCCCUCACUGCUGUGUUUUUUUUGCUCAAAUCCUUGUUAAAAUUAGGAUGGUGUAUAGUUAGUUGGCAAAGCUUGUUAAUCUUUCAUGAGAUUUGUACAAUGAUGAUAUUCCAUGAGCUUUAAUGAGCUUUUACUUGUUCAUAGUAAUCAGUUUAUCCUCAUUAAUAUUUGUUAAUUUUUGUGCUGACAAUCUUAUAAGAAUUGUGCAUAAAUUAUUGUCACUGUGUUGAUGAGUUCAAUAGUGUGAUAUAAUGAGUGAUAAAUUAUUAAUAAUUGAUGAGAACAAAAGUUAUUAAUAUAGUUUAUGAAUUGUAAUUAUGGAUGACAUUUUGAGGUUUAAAUUAAACUAUAAUUAUGUUUAGUGGAUUUAUUUAUAUUUUAUAUUUUACUUUCUAAAACGGUUAUUCCAGUUGAACUACGGUUGAACUGAUUAAAUUAAUAAACCAGUGAACCAGUAAUUAAAAUGGUUCGAUGACCGGUCCGGUGUUUAGAACCUUGGUUAAAAGGCAAAAUUAUUUAUUUUCUUCGUAUAAAAUUUACAUUUCAAGGCUCAAAUUUUCCUAGCAUAUGGCCAAGAUAUUUGAAUUUAGGAGCGUAUGAAAGUAAUUCGAAAAUUGAUAUUAGGGUGCAUCAGUAUUCAGUAGUAAUGUAAAGAGAAGUUAGUUAUAGGAUAUCUAUCCCUUUCAGGAGCUGCUUUGAGUGUAUAUUCUUAGAAGUAAUUAUUUUUUGUGAAACUUUAUCCAAAUUGAUGCGUUAAACUUGAAUUUUUGCGUUACAGUGCGAAAUUUUGUUUGUACAUGUAUGUAACUGAAGUACCUUGUAGCUCUUUGAAUUCCGGUGGAGCGAGGGAAUUGUACCUGGCUACGCGCAGCAUAUUGCUACAAUUCAAGUUCCUUGUUCCCUCAGUUCUUGAUGUUCAUAGACCUUUUAGGUCAAACUUCAACCAUUUGCUUAUUCAUAAAAACCAGAUCUUCUCAGCACAGGUUUUGGUUGCAGUGCCACACCACAACACCAUCCCCUAUAAGGUGGUGAGCCAGCUUCUUGCCUCUUUGCCAAAUCCACAAUAAGAGCUUUGCAACUUUGAAACCUUUUUGUCGGUUCCAAUGGAGCAAGCUGAAUUGGAUACCUCAAAACUACCGAGUUUUCCUCCUUACCGCCGAUCACACUUACGCAGCGAAACAUACCUCACUCUUACUCGAAUUUUCUCUCAUCUUCCUGCCACACCUGAUAAUGGCAACGGUAGAAAGAAGCCAGAAAAAAAGGAAAAGGGACCCGGGUUCCCUGAAUCUGUUGGUUCUGAUUUUAUACAUCCCAAGAAUGCUGUCCCGAUUGAAAGCAUACAGGAGUUUGACAAGACUGUUGAAGGGACUGGAAACAAGGGCAGGGUGUGUGUUGUCAAUGAUAUUGUUUUGGGUGAUAUAGAGGAGAUGAUGGGAAUAGAGGAAGUUGAGGAUACUUCGAGGACUCUGCUGCAGGACAGGUGUAACGAUGCAGAUAAAGAGCAACAAAGGAUAAUGGAUGAGUUGGAACUGGUUGUGAAUGAAACCCAAAAUAUCAUUUGUGAUAGUGGUUUAAUCUCUUUGAGUGCUGGGUCAGGUGAGGAACAGAAUGGCAGCAAUGCAGCUGAGAUGCAAGUACAAGGCUCAACGGAUUCUCUUCCAAAUUCUAAAGAAGCUGAAGUUGAGAAGGUAGAGCUGGAUUAUGAAGAUGAAAGGCUGCUGGAUUAUGAUAAUUUGGAAGAUAAAUGUAAAAUGAAAAAUGAAAGAAAUUUAGAAAAGUCAACUUGUGUAAACAAUGCAUCAAUUUCUUCAAAUAUUCAGAUUGAAAAUGAGGACAUAGAAGAGGGAGAGCUUGUUGGAGACCUUGGAGUGGAUUGUAAUUCAUUUGACAUGCCUACUGCAGAUUCCUUUAUUCCUCAAACAAACAUUGAUGAGGUUCAGAACCCCGAAAGUAUUAAUAUGGGGAAUACAGAAAAAGAAGGUUUAGGCAAAGAAAUAGGUAGUAAACUGGUUACUGACGUGCCAAUAAAUUAUGUUCAAAAUCCAGUCUUGCACAAAUCCAUAUUGGAAGAGGACUCUGACCAAGAUCAUGGAAACCCUGCUGCAUCAGAGAUGGUUGAUGUCAGCUGUAAAAAAAAGCGUGGCCCUGGUUCUGCAGAAAAGAAAGCGAAAAAGAAGAAAAAAGAGCGGAAAAAACGGGCAAAAAAGAACAAACAACUUGGUGUUAAAAGGUUGAAGUUGUCUCUAGUACAACAGAAACCAAAAACCAUCUCUUAUUGUCGCCAUUUUCUUGUUGGAAGAUGCUAUGAGGGUGACAAGUGCCAUUUUUCACAUGAUACAGUGCCUUCUACCAAAUCAAAGCCAUGCUCCUUUUUCGCUCGUCACUCCUGCAUGAAAGGGGAUGACUGCCCUUUUGAUCAUCAACUCUCCAAGUAUCCUUGUGUUAACUUUGUGUCCGGAGGUUUUUGUGUCAGAGGUGAUGCAUGCUUAUUUUCGCACCAGUCACCAGCCAAGGAAGAUUUUGCUCCAGCUUCAAGUGUGCACAACCCAGGAAUGAAAUCUCCACACUUUUCAGGAAACACAAAUUCCAACAUGCCACCUAACAUUCUUGGCUGUAGUUCUAUCCAACAAAACCAUUUGAUCAAUCCUCCAAGAGUUCAUUCUGAUAUCAAUUCGGAACAUAAAGCGACAAACACUGUACAGAAACAGCUUAAGCUUGCAUCUAAAGGAGUUAGCUUCGUCGAUGUUGCAAAGCUAUCGUUGCCUUCUCCUACUACGCCAAAGGAAGGCACGACCAAAGUUGGCUCAUCCUCUUCUGACCAACGUACAUCUGGAACAAAUCAAACCUUGGUUGAAAUUCCAAAGAAAUUGCCAGCUAGGAUUCCAAAGGGAAUUAAAUUUCUUGCUUUUGGGAAAGAUGCUGUGUGCAGUUUUAAGAGUUCUGUCAACUCCCUUGUAAUUGGGGAAAAUAGUAUUGAUUUUCUCCAGAAUAUAAGUUUCAGUUUGCUUGAUCAUACUAGUUCAUCCUUAAAAGAUGCAACAAAAGGAAGGGUACCACCGACUGAUUUAGUCUCCAGUGAGAUUUCUGGUAAAAAUCAAUCCGUGGCAGAAAGUAUAAAAUCGAGUUUUCCAGGAAAAGCUUCAAUGAAUGAUGCUUCAACUGGUUUACAAGGUAGCUCUCAUGUGGAUGACAACGGAAGCAAACCAGUCCAAGAGGCAAGUGGGGCAUCUGAUUCUUUUCAAAUUUCCGCAGCAACACCGUCGCCAUUUAUGCGUCUGGGUUCUCCUUCAUCUUCAGAACAGCUACUAUCUAGAAAGGAGCUCUUGUCGACUGUAUUGUCAUUUGCAGCAGAGCAUGAAUCAGUUAUCAAGAUGAAAGAUUCUGCUGGCACUUCAACUGCAUAAUUGGGUGAGAACUGAGAGUAAGGAAUACAGUAAUAGCAGUUCAAGGUAACAAGGUUGUUAGAAUCUUUCAUUAAGUGUAUUUUGGAUCUUAUAGAAUCAGUUAAUGAUAUGAUAGUUAAUUGUAUAUAUAAUGUAAUUUAUAUUCAUAUAUUUCAUCGUGCUUGUAUAAACUAAUCUUCAUCAUGUAGUCUAGACUUUCCGUGUUUUUCUUC